CUAUCAACGAAGGGAAUUUCAAUUUCAAUUUUCAUUUCAUUUGCUUUACCGUCCUUCACUUGCAAGUAGGCACCGAGGCCAGCAACUGGAGAUGUCCGUUCCGGUCGUGGCAUUACGCCAAGGAUGCGAGAUAUUUGAAGGGCAGAUGCUGUUAAAUUGCAAAGACGACAUAGAUGCUUACCGUGAACACUGUAAUAUUAUCUGCGAUGCCCUGGUAAACCAGGGAGUGGUGGUCGUUGAAGUUACACAAGAUGAGUUCAAAAGUUGUCAGUAUGCGUUGCGGUCAGCGGUUGAUUUCUUUAACUCCAGCCAACCGAACAAGCUCUCUGCCAGUAGCUACAUCCCGGGAGAGGGUUACGCGCGGCUGUCUGGUCAGGAAGUGCUCUCCGUGCGCCUAGGCAUUAACCAUGGCCAACAAGGACUGGCGGCAAUUGCACAGCUCUUUCCUUCGAACCACAGGCCAUCAUCCCGCUGGAGGCCAUCCUGCGCACCGUCCUGCGCCGCAUGUGCCGCAGUCCCGACCUGGGCCUGCACCCUGCCGUACUGGAGGGCCUGCUGGAGGACGCCUGCCUGGCGCGGGGCCAGCCCAGCGCUAGCGUCCUGCGUGCGCACCGGUACAGCCCCGACGCGCCCGCCGACUCGCUUGCCUUCGCCCCGCACCACGACCGCGGCGUGCUGACGCUGGUGGCCAGCAACCAGGUCCGGGGGCUGCAGGUGCAGCAGCGGGGCAGCGGCGCCGAGGGAGGCUGGGUGGACGUGCCGCUGGGCCCGGGGCGGGUGGCCGUACUGGCGGGCUACAGCUUGUCGUACGCCCUGGGCGGCCUGCUGCAGCCCGUCCUGCACCGCGUGCUGCCCUGCUCAGACGCGGCUGGGCGGGUGAGUGUGACGUUCGAGCUGUGCUGCCGGCCCUCCGCCCUGGUGGACCCGGAGGCCAUUCUGCGGGAGGCGGCGUGCAGGCCGCCGGAGGGCAGCCGCCGCCCUCGCGCCAUGCACGCCACGGAGCUCAUGGAGCUGUUCGAGCACACGCACCCCAGGUCCGUCAACGGAAGGCACCUGGGGGUGGGGGGAGGCGCGGGCGCGGCUGCUGAAGGAGGUGCAGGUGUGGAUGCAGGCGCUGCGGGGCGUCCCCAGGCACAGCCCGCUGACCCCGGCAGUGCAUUGGCAAGGGACCCGAAUGCUGACGGGGCUCCCCAAGCCGCUCCAGCAGCCAUACCCAGCUCCGCAGUGCCGGCGGCGGAGCGAGAGCCAGGAGCGGUGGGGAACGUCCAGCGGGCCGGCGACCAGGGAGGGCCGGCAACAGCAGCGCUGGCAGCUGCAAAGCGGCUUAGGAAUGACCCAGCAGGGCCCUGCGGUGCACAGCAGCAGCCAGCAACAGCAGCGCCGGCAGUAGCGCUGCAGCCCUUGGCGCAGCCGCCAACACAGCCGCAGCCACCGCCAGAGUGCAUAACUAUAGAUGUAAAAUGCUGUGUCGGUCGUGUGGAAUUCAAAGUCAAGCCGGGAACUCGUUUCUACAAAAUGAUUGAAGCGUUCGCACGGGUGAGAGGGGUUGCAAAGGACCAUUACAGGUUCGUCUUCGAUGGACACAAGCUCGAUCCAAACGAUACCGUUGCGGAGGCCGGCUUAAUGGAUGGCGACAUCAUAGAUGCCUUCUGCGAGCAAACGGGCAGCUAGUUCGUCUGAGUAUCGGCGGCCUGCAGCGCAGCUCGGUUGUGCUGCCUACAACGCUGGGGGGGAAUGGACAGGGGUCUAGCAGGGUCGCGUAUCUGUCGUGUCGUUGAUUUACAUGCAGCUCUACCUAGCUUUCUUGGCGCGAUGCAGACACAGCCGUGAAGCGCCUGCCCUAACCACGAUGUGCCAGGGGCCGCCUCAGAAUGUCAACGUACAAGGGCUAUCUAGAUGCACAGGCAGUCCAGGCAGGGUUGUUCUUUUCGCCGGAGCGAGUCUUGUUGAGUUUCCCGGUGUUUUGGUGCCCUUCGGUUUUCAUGUUUUGCUUUUCUUCCAAUCGCGUUGUCGCUUGUGAGGCUUCCCUGCCUCUCGUCUGUAGGUGUUUGCAAAGAAGCGAGCAUAUAUUGUGGGCCACAGUGAUCAACGCAGGUGUACGCAUGUACGCACGUGGCGGAUGAUCACAUCAUGCCGGCGUGGGGAAAUCGGGGGGCAUGACGCAUGAGUCCCGAGGUGUUGGCGGAGGGUGUGUUUUAAGUAAGAGCUGUAGCCCGAAGGUUUUGGAGGUUGCAGUCUAUGCGAUGCUGACGUUGGAUUGGCUAUCGUACCACCAUUGCUGUUGGUCGUGGUGGUGUUCCUGUGUCCAGUGCUUCUGCAUGUCUGUAUGCUGGAUGCUCAAGAGCACAGCGGGCGUGCAGCAUGGCCCAGUUCGUGUGCAUUUGACUGCCUGCAAGCCCGCAGCAAGCAUGCGGGGGGCACAACACGUACACUGUUGGCGGCGUCCUUGGACUGCAGAAUACCGGUACCUAUGUUUCGCAGUUUCAUUCCCU